GGGGCACUCCGUCUACCAAAACAAGUGCAAUGGCUUGCUGGGUCAGCCUAUUUUAAACGUCGAAAGAAAAAUACCCAAAUGUGUCAACAAAACACAGAAACAACGUGUCCGUUUCGACGUAGUAUUACAAUUUUUAACAAAAAUAUACACUUUACUGACGCGAUUGGUGACUGGAAUAGUAUUUAGUUUUCUUAAUUUUACAACCCCCCUCUUUAGAGCCAACAUGGUAGCGGCGUAAGGUUUUCUUCCUGUCAACGCCGCACGCGUGUGGGUCAACGCCACAUUGUAGUCCUCGCUUUUUAUUAUUAUAAUGGAAUUAAGUCAGCAAGUACCGCGCAAAAGUUUUAUAUGUUCAUUCUCUGAUUGUCAUGCAUCGUACAACAAAGCAUGGAAACUAGAUGCUCAUAUUUGCAAGCACACAGGGCUGAAACCAUUUGUGUGUGAACAUGACGGCUGUGACAAGUCAUUCUGCGACAAGUACCACCUAGCUCGGCACCAGUUGAGCCACAGUGGAGAGAGACCCUUUAGAUGUACAGUAGAUGGAUGCACAGAGGCCUUCACUACAAAUUACAAUUUGAAGAAACAUGUUAAUCGCAAACACAACCAUGAUGAGGAGAAACUGUAUGAAUAUGUGUGUAGCUUUGAGGGAUGUGGGAAAGUGUUCAGGAAGAACAAUCAGCUCAAGUCACAUGAGUGCCAGCAGCACACCAAACUACCUCCCUUUCAGCUUUAUAGCUGUACCUUUGAGGGCUGCGAGAAACAAUUCACUUUCCCCAACAAACUACGGCUUCACGAGAAGGUGCACAGAGGCUACCCCUGUGAAAAAGAUGGCUGUUCUUUCAUCGGAAAGACCUGGACUGAGUAUACGAACCAUAGGAGAGAUGUACACAGAGCCCUUUUUCAGUGUAAUGAGUGCAACAAGGUGUUUCGCGACACCUGGUUCCUGAAGCAGCACCAGCGUGUCCACGCAGAGGAGCGCCAGGUGUUUAUCUGUCCCAGGGAGGGGUGCCAGAGGUCCUUCACUACGCCAUUCAACCUGCAAAGCCACAUCGGCUCUUUCCAUGAGGAGCUACGGCCUUACACCUGCCCCCAUGAAGGCUGUGGAAAGACCUUUGCCAUGAAGCAAAGCUUACAACGCCACAGUGUUGUCCACGAUCCAGAAAGGAAGAAACAGAAGAAACCCCGACCCAAGCGAUCCCUGGUUUCCAGACUGAGUGGUUACGAGCCCAAGAAUAACAGUCGUCCAAAGCCCCAUGCAGCUUUGCAAUCAGAAUCCAUUGCAAGGGGUGGACACAGGAUGCACAUGGCAGCUCUUCCAUAUUGGAUGACUUUGGGUUUGGAAAGAAUUCCUGUCAGCACCUCUGUUGCACUAUCUGCUCCAUGGUUGUGUCCUGCUGUCAAAAUCAUAAAAGUAUGGAAUGCGUUUGGGUCUUUGCGUGUCAAAAAAGAUACAUGUCGAAUAACACUUUGACGCAUUAAAUAAGAUUUUAAUUUGACACGUCAAUUAAUAAGUAAAUUCUAUUAUUUGCACAAGCGCCACAACUACUAUCAGUAGCACUGUCAAAGUUGUACAAAAAGAGUGCAAACAAGCACACGCAGACCACGAACGAUGCGUUUACAAGUACCGCGUUGGUAAUAAGGCAUUAUUUGUUCGACCGCUACUUCUGGGUUACCAAUACAACCAGCCUGAAAACAAUGGCCAGUAGAAACUGCAGUCAUUUAAAUUAUUCUUAACAAUGAUUUAGAAAUCCUUGUAAGUAUUAGCUUCGGUAUCCAAUUGUUCGCCUAUUGAAACGGAAUUUAAAUUCAUGAAAAUAAAUAGCUCGCCAACUACUUAAUUAACCCUGUUGCCCAAAGCUAAUGUUAUAAGCAGCCAGUUAGUUUAAUAAUCUGGCUAGUAAGGCUCAACCGGACCGGGGUAUGUGUUGUGAAGAUAGCCACAAUAGGAUUAGGCACAAUAAUGGAAUAUGCUGUUUGCCUUCAAAAUAAAAGUACCCCUGAAAGUGAUGCAGAAGGUUACAAUUGAUGGAAUCCUAUCUUGUCUAAUAUUUAGACUAGAUAAUGUUAAACAAGGUUGGAAUGUGAAGCAAUGAAAUGGGAUAUCAGUCUACUCUGUGACAUCCACAUAACACAAAUGUGAAGAGUUUACGCAAAUAUUAGCAUUGUAGCUCUUAUCGUGUGACUGAAAUCACCUCCCCGGUCAGCCUAUUGUGUGUAUUGAAUUUCAUAUUGCUCUGUAGAGCUUUACCUAAGGAUUGGGGAUCAAUGAAAUUGGGUAUCAGUUUACUCAAUACCCAAUUUUUUUUUUUCAAUGUCCUCGAGUUAUCAGACUCCAAAACAUCCAUGCAGUAUUGUUUCUCCUAGGGAAUGUUCAAUACACAUAGGAGGUUGACAAUAAAUGUGGCUCAAUUCAGUUCUCUCGCAAUAAGAGCUAAUGUUCUCUGGGUGUCAAAGGAGUAGACUGAUACCCCAUGCCAUUGAUCCACAAUCCAUAGGUAAGGCUGUACUUCUGUAGCUCAGUUGGUAGAGCAUGGCGCUUGUAACGCCAGGGUAGUGGGUUCGAUCCCCGGGACCACCCAUACGUACAAUGUAUGCACACAUGACUGUAAGUCGCUUUGGAUAAAAGCGUCUGAUAAAUGGCAUAUAUUACUGUACAGUGAAACAAGUAAACCCCAAUGCAAGUCUAAUACAUCCAGUGUUAUUUCAAAAGAUUUGUCAAAUUAUUGUAUUUUGUUGACUUUAUAUAACAUUCCAACCUCGUGCAUAAUGAUCUAUUCAAUUAUGGCAUAAUUAUACAAGUUGUAUUCAUUUGUGUCAUUGUCAAUAACACUUUAAUUCUGAAGGCUAACUGCAAAGUCCACUAUUGUGGCUAAUCCUUAUUGUGGCUAGCUUCACAGGUGGGUCUCGACCACCAUUAAUCAAUAAGAACGGUUUUAUAAAUAAGGGUUAUUUUUGAUGACACCUAGCUAUAGAUACUGAAACAGAUGUCGUUUUGCUAUGUUUUUGGGGAAGAACAUUGUUUGCGUCAUCAGCUAGCUAGCUUUUUUUAAUGACCAGCACUGUAGGUGCGCGAGACAACUUUACCAGCAUCAGAGCAUACGUAUUGAUGAACCGUUGUGACAUAUCAAACACAAUUGAGAGUGUAAUGGAUGUGUAAUAACUACAUACAAAAUUAUUGAACGUGUUGAAUUGUGUAACGUGCAGUCAUAUUCAGGUCCUGAUUGGUCAACAAGCUUAUUUGACAUGUUAAAUAGUGUUAUUUGACGUGUAUCUUUUUUUGACACGCGAAGACUCAAACAGCGGUCCAUAUAGAAAUACAACAUUAACAUUUGGCUUAUUCCGCAUUUGCACAUCUCAGGAAAAUCAACAUGGAGUCCUUGUACAGACAAUAGGGCACACUCCUUUUUCUGUCCAAAAAAUACAUUUUUAUUUAUUUAUGCAUGUCUGAGCCUAGUUUGUUGCUAACAAGUCUCUUUGUUCUGCCAAAGGAAAGUUGUUGUACAUAUACAGAAUUGAAUGUGUAUUUUUGCAAUAAAAAUAGACUUAAAACCAACUAACUAUUUUGCUGGUUUCAACUACAGAAUAGUGAAGAGGUUUCGGGUUUGUCCAGGUUGACACAUUUUAGUCUGAAAUGGGAGGUUUAUUGGUUGCAAUACUAAUGGAUACCUGUUCUCUAGUUCCAUGAGCUCGUUAGGGAGAUGACGUACAUGAAGAUUGUAGUAGUCGUUAUGCAUACAAUUCAGUCAUCUCUACAGUGUCUUUGAAACAACAGAAUGAUGUGCAUCAGACAGGUAAAGGUAAAUCAAUCCCUGAUAGAUAUCUCACCAGUGGCUGUACAUGUUCCAUACAUCCUGUUCUCAGAGUGAUUCUGACACGGUGCUUUUUAUCCAGCCAAUUCUGGACCUGCCGCAGCUUGGUUAGAAGAUCAUGGUUACCAAUGUCAGAGGAAAAGGUGAGCUCCUUUACCUGCACAGGGCCUCGGCUAUGGGUAGUAGUUUUUGUUCUUAUUUUAGAUCAGAGGGGUAUACUACAAAGCAGGUUCAAUGAGUUAACCAGCUAACUUCGAUAAACAACCAGAAGUAACUGGAUUUUUGGGGGGUUCAUUAAGAAGGCUAAACUCUAUUUUGGAUUUUUUGGGGGUUCAUUAAGAAAGCUAAAGUCUAUUUUCUUUUGGUUGUUGAGUCAGAGGCCAUGCCCAUUUCAAGCUUACCUUUCCAAAAAAUAGUUAUUUCAGAACAUAGCUGACUAACUCAUUGAACCUGCUUUGUAGUAUGUAUAUACAUCACUGUGUUUUAUAUAAAAAUGUGGGUUGGACUUCACGGUCUGUGAGAUGAGAACAACAUGCUCUCGUGUUUGUCUAUAAAGCACUUCUGAAUAAACUACAUUAUUUAUCAUCACUCAUCAAUAUUAGAAUUAGAAUUCCUAAAACCAGGUCUCAAGCAUGGAUUACAUUUGAGGCCCAUGGGAUUUCCACAGAGUUGGGUUUGGCUGCCUUUUCCUGUUAUGCUCCUUGCCUAUGGAAUAGCCUGUAGACUAAACUUAAACUUGAGACUCUUGUCCCCCUUGCCCAAUUUAAAUAUUUAUUGGAGGAUUUGUAUUUUUGUAUUGCUUGUAACUGUUUCGGGUAAUGCAAGUUCUAGUGCUGUUAGGGGAAUAACCUAUGUGUAAACGUAAUCUGUUGCUGUAUUUUUGUGUGUUAUCUGUGAUUGUUUUGUUUGUCUUGUGUAGUUUCUUAAUCAUUGUACCUAAACUGUAUGUGUAAACAUGUAUACGGAGGGCCCAGCUGUAAAAGAGACAUUGGUCUCAGUCUGUGUUCCUUGUUGAAAUAAAUGUAUAAUAAAAUAAUAAUAAUAUCGCUCUUA